GGCAGUGGCAUCCUCGCGCAGGAGUGAAGGGCACGAGGGAGAGGAGGCGGCGGGCUCUCGGCGGUGGCACCCCUGCCCACAGCGCAUUCAGGUGCCACCGCGAGGACACACUGGACCCUUGCCCGGACCUACGACGUCGUAGGACCCAAGACUAACGCCUUUGGAACCAGACUAACGCCAAUAGUGCCAAGACGUCUGCGAGCUAGUGCAGUGCUGCUUCGCAGGAUGCAGUGACCUUCGGUGCCAAGGACAGACGCUGAAGUUUAGGGACGUAGCGCCAGUGACGAAAAGUGGAAAGUGUGACAUCCCGAAAGCGAUAGUGUGCUCGACGUCGCCCAAGCCAACCGUAGUUUUUUAGCGAGAUAUAGUGAUUGUAGGUAGGAAGGUUCGGAGAGCGUCGCGCAGGAAGAGAGAAAGCAAACGAGAAUAAUACUCAAUACAGUCUUUUUUUGUCGCUUACUUGUUCGUGCGCGGGAUACGCAGGCACGGCGAAUGAACGGAAGAGCCCGGGGCUAAACGCGCGGACGUGGAGAAAGUGCGUCUCGGCUGCGCGGAAACCGUACAUGUCCAGCGUAGUGAAGGGAGAACCGCGGGCGAAGGCUACGGGGCGAGGAAGCGAGGCAGGGGUCGACAGGGAGCAGCAGGGGGCGACAGGGGAGGCCAGGACGGAAUAGAAGUGAGGGAGACGCAGUAGAGAGAAGGAAAAUGCAACAGUAGAGCAAGCGACAUUCCGAAUUGCGAUUCCACCGACUAAAUCUGGGGGGAGUUGAGACUGAGAAAACCUGAUUUAGUGAGAGGCUGAGCUAACUCUUCUGGUUUCGAUCCACGACGGGGCGGGCGAAGAGGGAACUUUCUCGGCUCUUUAGUUUGCAUGAGGCGCCCGCGAGAUGAUCGGAGGAGAAUGAAGGGAGAACGUAUACACGCUGCGAAUGAGGAGUGAGCGUGCCCGGAAUACCCAAUGAGCGUAGACACUUUUUGUGAAAAUUAGGGAUCCAAAUCUUCCAAGGCUUGAUUAGAGGCUGUUACUGCGAGUUAUCUUAUAGGUAUUUGAACUACAAGUCUUAUGUCGGGACUCAACAAAAACUUAGAAUCUCUAGACCGCGUUUUGUAUUCUAAAUAUUUUAGCUGGUUUUAGAAGCUGUUUCUCAGCAUAUAGUACUUGCAGCGAGACAUCUCAUAAUAGACAUAGUUUUUACAAUUUGUUUUGGGACUAGACAAUCACGAUGAAGUUCAUGGGAGGAGUGUGCCGCCCUCGGUGCGGGCCGCCGAAAACCAUGUCUCUUCUGCCCUUCUUCAGGAGUGAGACGAUGGAGCGGCUGAUGCGGCUGGUGGUGGCCCAGGGCGAGACCAUCCAGACGCAGCUGCGGCGCCUGCAGGAGCGGGAGUGCCAGAUCGAGCAAUAUGAGCAGCAGAUGCACCUCCUUCGCGUCCAGAACCUUGGCAGGGACUACUUGUUGCAUUCCUACCUCAAGGACGACAGCUGCGAGACCAAGGACGAGCCCGGAAGCGAGGAGAAAAGCAACGACUCGGGCGUGGUAACGGAGGAGGCGUCGCAGACGCUGGAGGGCAUGACGGCGGAGGAGGAGGCGGCCACGUCGUCGGAGCUGGAAGAGUUGCAGCAGAUCGCGGCGCAGCUGACGAGGAUCGAGGACCUGAACAACCGCCUGCUGCACGAAGAGGAGACCAUGUCGGGGAUGAACACCGCGGUGCAGGCCGCUCACGAGCAACACAAAGACGAGGCCGAGUUGCUGCAGCAGGAGCUGGUCUGCGUCGCCCACGUGCACGCGCAGCUGGUGGCGGACGUGCGGCAGAACGAGCAGAGACUGCGGGAAACCGAGGCGAUGCUUUGGCAGCAGCGCAAGCAGCUGGAGAUGUUGCUGCAGGAGGAGACCGAAUCCGACCGAGAGACGCAGGCUCUGAGAGAACACCUGGAAUACAUCAUCCACCUUCCUCCCACGGCCUUUCGCCUCCCCGCGGACCCCUCUCCUCCCCAGGCGCACGUCCCUCCCACAGCCGCCACUACCGCGACCACAGCCGCCAGUGCCACGCCGAGAGUCCCUCCUGUAAAUAGUGCCAGCGCACCCGUCGCAGUGGCACCACCCUCCACAAAGCUUAAUAAUAAGAUCAGCAAAAAUAACCCGACGUCGGACGAGAAGGACGUCCCGCCUCCUUUGCCCGCGUGUCCUCCGCCCAUAGACGAGGAGGAGGACGAGGACGACGGGGACUCGGCCAAAAACAGCAGUCUCUGCGUGAGCUCGCGGUCCAGCACCUCGUCUGAAGCCUCGACGAGUAGUAACACGAGCGGGUUUGGCAGCAAGACCCCCAGCACCUCAGCACCAAAGUCCUCCUCUUCUUCUUCCACGUCGUUACCCUCGUCCUCACUCCCUUCCUCCACCAAAGCCAGUGAAGGAGGAGGAAAAGAUACAGACUCAACAGACUCGAACUCAGACACAGGGCUGAGUUCGCUCCACAGUAGUAGUGACGAGGGAGUUUAUGUGUUGGAUACUCUUGUCUAAAAGUGAAAGAGAAAGAAAAAAUAUUUAUAUAUAUUCACCCUUAUAUGUGCAGCGAACAUUUAGACAAUUAUAGACACAAAAUACUUGAUAUUUAUCACAAGGUUGAGUUAUGUGAAUGUAAAAGAUUUUCUGGCAGACAAUGCUGUCACUGCAACAUGAACACUGAACAUGGAUAUAUGUGUAAGUUUAUGUGAUCUCAAUGUAAAUGUGUAUGGCAUGGUCUUGUCAAUAUUUGAUAAAACUUGUGCAAAACCAGUGAAGUGAGUUAUCUCACAGUGAAAUGUGUACUGAAGAACAAUAAAUAACAUCUAUAGACAGUAAUGCACUGGAUGUUUUAUAAGUAUAUAUUGCUAUGUAGAUGUAUGUGCAACAGUCUUCAGUGUCGUGUUUUAUCAUCAACUGAGAUUAGAGUCUAUCACAGAGUAUAUAUUUCCUAGAUAUUCAUUGGUGCCUUUGGAGAGAGGUUCACCGUCAGCUCAGUGUCGAAGCUUUAUUGUGAGUUUUAAGAAAUGGUCUUAGAUAUUCGGGUGAUCUUGAGUCUAAUGCAAGAAUUCCGACGUUUAUUUCAUCAAAAGGACAGCACGUCAUUUCAAAUAUGGCUUUAUUCUAACUUCGUCUAUUCAGUAAAGAAAGGAAGGUUCAACAUUAGAGUCAAAGUUGCCUGUUCCACCUUAUUCAUGUGUACAUAUUGAUAAUCUUUGUAGAAUCACUUCCUUUACUUGACGAUGCGUGUCAAGUAUUUUUAAGCAAGGUCAGUGCUCUACAAGGCUGUGAAUCUAUAAACUCAGUGAUUCUUUGACAUCAGGGAUGUUCAUCAAGCAUUUUCUCAUCAAUCCAAGAAAUAAGUAUAUAUUAUAUAUAAAUAAAUAGAAAAAAAAACACAUUUUGACUUUUCCCUACCGCUAUUAGGCCAAGCCUUCACAACAUAAGUCCAGAUCAUACAAGUCAAACAUAACACGAAUUCACUCUUGCUUACAAUAUAAAAUACAGGCCUGAUUUCAGGGCUAAGUUGGUGAUAUCUGCUUGAUGUGGGUUCAGUAAGUUGUUCUUGUAUACGUAUUUGCCUAAUGAUUUAUGUGUACGAAACAUGAUUAUAACUGUUAAUACGUUUUCUAUUAUGGCUUACUUUCAAUCUUGCCAUUUUCUGGAUAUACAAAGUAAAAUCAGUACAGGUUGUUUUAAAAAGAUAUACCGUAAUGAUCACUAUUAGAACACCCAAAUCCAACAGCAUUCCAUUGCGGAUAUUGUUCAGUCAGUUAGAUAACAUCCACUAAUAGCUGAUCUAAAUCUCAUUUUCGCUUUUUUAUAUAAUUCGACUUCAUUCCAACUGCCCUAUUAAAUUAUGAAGGUGGAACCUCACUAGUCCGAGAAGCUUGUGACCAGAUAGCUUCCUAACUGGUAUAAGGCAUUCUUCGAGGCAGAAUAUCAAUUCAUCAGGGUGGUGUAGCGUCACUGUACAUGAGUGAGGUUCAGCCGGAAGUACAUUCUGCAUUUUCUACUUCUCAUAAAUGUAAACGUAGCACAAGUCCUUAUUGAGUUACACUUAUUUCACGUGCAUUUGUAAGGUUUCUUGUGAACUGCUUCAUCUCAUUCAAAGAAUGAAAUAGAUUCUAUUUUACUACAAAACCUUGAUGUCGUAAACCUUUCGAGUAUUAUCACUAUUAGCUAUCACUGAGCUUGUCAUAAUAAGGAUAUUUUAUCAUGCAAUAGAAGAAGUACUUUGAAACUGCAGAGAAGUAUGGUGUGGUGCAUGAUAUAUGUAUGGCCAGUAGUCACAGCUUGCAGGAUUUGUGUGAAAGUCUUCGUUUCCUACUGAUAGUUGAUAGUUGACAAGAUGACUGAUGUCCACUUCAAGAAUACACCAUUUAUGUACCGAGUUGAACAGUUUUAUUAUUGUGGAUUAUUAGAAAGGGUAAAUGCUAGUAAUGUAUAAUAAAACAAAAAUAACUGAGAUAACUGUAGAACCAUUACGAAAGUAAACAAAGUGGACCAUUAUUACCAUCAGUAUUGUUUUGCAUAUUACUAGGUGUUCAAAUUGUAUGUCAUAUUAAAGAAAUCGUAACUCAUUUAUCAUUUUUUCACUGCCAAAAUAUUUUAAGUUACAGAAGGUCCAUUUAUGUCUAAUAAUAGUCAUAUACAGUUCUCUUUUGAUUUAAACAGAUCAGAUAAUCCAUAAAAACUAUCAAACAUAUUCAACUCGUCAGUGCUUACUUUCUGACAAAAGAAAACACUGGCCUUUUGCUCUGAUGGUGCACAUGCAGUCUCGAAAAAAAUGGUGAAUAUAUGGUAUGUAUAUCUCGUAUAUUCACUUGACUGCAUGUAUACGCUAUCACCGACAGAAAAGCAGUGUGACAUGCUUAGACGUCCUAAACCAACGUCUGAAAGGCUCUGGACCCCAGUGUGUUCAGGUGACGUGACCGAAACGACCCUCUCUUCCCCCUGCCUCCUCUGCAUGUGAUUCCAGUGUGACCCCAGUGCCUUCAACCAUCAGUAUUUUGUGUCUUCAGUUGCAUCUUGGUACAAAUGUGAAUAUGAUCUAAAACCAAUGAUGUUGAUAAUACUAUUUUUUAUGAAUAGUGAUUACGUAUGAUGUACAUAUUGUGUAGAGAUUUUAUAACUUGUGUAUAUAUGAUCCUAUCAAUAAUAAAUUUUACUUAUGGAUUUUUA